AUGUCUACACAAACGCCGCAUGACACGGCCUUGGAAGUUGGAGAUGUGUACUGCACUCGCCACUCAAAUCUAAAAGAUGUUCAGCUAGUGUUUCAUCUUGUUGUCGACGAUGUACUCCAGUCCUCAGAUCUAUCAAGUCGUCAUCCCUGCCUCAACGGAAUACGAAAUAUCAUUCGCCUGACUGUACGACUCGGCAUCACAUCUAUCCACAUCCCAUUGCUUUUGGUUGAGCAAGCAUCAGAGAAUAUGACGAUCGCUUGGUGCGUGCGAAGAGCGGAAAUGGUCUAUAAAUGUGUGAAAGGCUACUUAAUGGAGGUAUGUGGUGUUUGUGGUGGUUCUGCGGUGGGUGGUGGAGUGACCAGCGUUCCACAUUUCAACAUUCACCUAGUCUUGCCGUCAGGCCUCGCAGAUGGCGUAUAUCAGCAGAUAUCAGCAAUGGCUCCAUUUGCUCCGCUGGCUGCUCGUUAUCCAUCUGGGUAUCGUCGCGCUCUGGCUGCUCACGAUUCAGGAGACGAGGGUGAUCUUGUCGCAGCCGUCGCUUCCAUUUCGGUUUCCUCCGUCAGUGGUCGUGCAAUGCAUCUAGAUCUAAGCAACUGUGAAGUGCCCAAUGAGCAACCAAACGCGUAA